AUGAAGCCGCUAAUUCCGCUAACUGCAACUUCGUUCUUAGCAUUGACAGUAGCUGCUGCUCCAUCAUAUCACUCCACAAGGCAACCCAACACCACUACAGCACCCAAAGUGAUUCUUGAUAAUGAUUGGAGCACGAAUGGCUUCAUUCCAAUUCUGCAAGCAGUCAAAGCAGGAUGGGAUGUGCUUGGGAUAUUGAGCGACACUUCGAAUACAUGGGCACUCCAAUGUGGACUCCACGCACUGGCGACUCUGGAAGUCGGCGACCUAGGCUGCAUACCAGUAUACCGUGGUGCCGAUUACCCACUUCUCAAUACCCCAACACUGUUCCAGGCUUGGGAAGAAGUUCAUGGCGUCCUACCCUGGGAAGGCGCAUUCGCACCGGAGAACUCGACAUUUGAAGCAUUGGGCAACGAUCCAACUUCUGGCGAUCCCAAUCGAAUCUCCAAAUCGGCAUUCAAAGAGGGCUAUCCAAACAUAACAUUCGCGUCCGACAUUUCUGCCGCAGAAUUCCUCGUUCAACAAGUUCGAAAAUAUCCUGGAGAGAUUAGCAUCUAUUCUGCCGGCGCACUCACGAACAUUGCUCUCGCCGUGCGCAUCGAUCCAAACUUUGCCAAAAAUGCCAAAGAACUCAUCAUCAUGGGCGGAUACAUCGACGUGAACUUGUUACAAGCCAGCGGAACCACACUUCUUGCAGAUAUCAAUAGCGACAUCAACCUCAUGAUCGACCCCGAAGGAACCAAAAUCGCCUUGACAGCCGACUUCCCCAACAUCACCAUCACCAGCGCCGUCACGAACACAAUCCCAGUCACACAAGAAUUCCUCGACGAUCUCAUCCAAGUCGAAAACCCUUAUACGCGUCUCUAUCAUGAUUACGCAGAUACGAGUUUCUCUUUCUGGGAUGAAACUACUGCUGCGAUCAUGUUGGAUCCGUCUGUGGUGACGAAUAGUACCAAGUUUUACUUGGAUGUUGAUACAAGUUAUGCGAGUUCGAGAUAUGGGAAUAUUCACGCGUAUCAGAAAGCUCUGGCGCCGAAAGCGCAGGCUUUGAGAGAGGUGAAUUAUGUGUUUGAGAUUGAUGCGGAGAGGGUGGAAAAGGCGAUCAAGAGUGCAUUGCAGUAUCCGCCGAGUUGUAAGACGGGUUGGUGA